AUGAAUAUUAAUAACGUAAAUGAUAUUUGCAACAACACAAUAUUUUGUUUAGAUGAUGAUUGUUAAUCAACUCACGAAAGAAAAUAUGUAGGAAUAUGUUUAGAAUAUUUAAAAUAUAAUGUUUAGGAUGAAGAAUAUAUCUAUAAAAACAAAAAAUGUUUUAAUGAUAAUUGUCCUUUUUAUCAUUUUAAUCUUGAAAAAGUUCAUUUAUUAUUAUAAAUAUCUCCAAUCAAUGGUAUUUGGUGUUUUAAUUUAUGUCCUCAACAAAUUUGUUAAUAGAGUUAAUGUCAAUUUAUUCAUAGAAAAUGGGCUAAAGGAAUAUGUUUGAAUAAUUUUACAAAUAUAUGCAAAAAUAAAAAUUGUUAAAAUAGGCAUCUCUCUUGGGAUAAACUUAGAAAAGAAGUUUAUAUCUAAUAUAAUGUAACCUAAAUUAAUCCAGAAAACAUUUGUGAAAAUGAUAAAUGUAAUUGCAUUUAUCAUUUAGAUACAUUUCAAAAUAUGUGUCUAAACUAUUUUAAAGGUGAAUGUCCAAAUAAAAAAUGUCUAAAAAUACAUUGUGAUUGGGAAUACUUAAAUUAAAUUUCUUUUUAAAAAUAACAAUUAUUACCUUGUACAACUUUAAUAGCUUAACAUAGUUUUAUUAAUUUUCUUUAGAUUUCAAAGCAAACUGAAAUUCAAUAAGUGUGUGAUAAACAAAAACUCAUAAAAUUUUAAAGGGAAAUUCAUUAAUCAAAUAUCAUAGAUGUAAUAUUUAUAUUAGAUUUAACAUUAUCAAUGAAACGUUGGUUAUAAGCUAUAAAAAUGUAAAUUGCAAAUAUAAUAUAUCAAUUUAAAGAAAAGAUAAAUGGAUAUGGAGUAAGAAUUGGAUUUGUAGGAUAUAGAGAUAAAUGUGAUGAAUAAGAAUAAUUAGUAUAUAGAUGUUUAACAGAAAACUUUGAUGAAAUAAUUAAAGUAAUUUCAAAAUAGGUAGCUUAAGGUGGUGGUGAUUAGGCAGAAGAUAUUGUUACUGCAUUAGAAUAAGGAUUAAAUUUAAAUAUUUCUAGACAUCAAGAUAGUAUUUUAUGUACUUUUUUAAUUACUGAUGCACCUUGUCAUGGAAUUCAAUAUCACUCUGACAAUAUUUCUGAUGAUUAUAAUUAUACAGUUGAACCUGGAUAUUUAGAAAAUGUAAUAUUAAAAUAUAAGGAAGCAAAGAGACUUAGUUUUUUCACAUGUUUUAAAAUUAGAGAUUCAACUGAUAUUAUGUUUCAGAAAAUGUAGGAUGUAUUCCCUGAUAUUCUGAUAACUAGAAAAAGCUAACCUAAUGAUUUUCCUGAGCUUGUUAAAUUUGCUAUUGAAUCAUCAAUUACAUAAAGUUUCAAUAGAUCAAUAUAUCAAAAAAAACCUAAAAGUCUUUAUACAGGAGCUAAAUUUACUAAACCAAAAAUAAUUAAUUAUCAAUAUAAUUAAACUUAAAUAAAAAAAUCAAACUUUUGGAAAUAAUUUAAUGAAAUUGUUGAUUAAUUUCAAAGAUAAGGAGUUACUGCUUUAGAAAUCAAUUAAGAACCAGAAAUCACUUAAAUAAAUAUAAAAAAUUAUUAAAAUUAAAGAAAUAAUGUAUUAGAUCUAAACAAUACUUGUGUCUUUAAAAUUUUUGAUGCUUUAAAUAAUAGAUAUAUGGUUGCAAAAUUAUCAAAAGAACAUGUUAAAAAAUAUUAAGAAAAUCAAUUAAAUGAAAAUGAUAUUAAACUUGCUGAAGAAGAAGCAAAAACUAAAUAUUAUGUUGCUGCUUAUGCAAAUUAAUUAGCAUAUUUAUUUAGAUAAAAAACUAAAAAUUUUGAUGAAAUACCUCCAAUCUUUUAUGUUUCACCUAUACUUUACACUUUAGAAGUUCCAUUUUAUGGAGUACAUUAAUUAUAUGCAGAGACUUGGAUAGAUUCAGCCAAGUUUUAAUGGAAAAAAUAUUCAAUAAAUGGUGUUUUUACUUCUCCAUAAUUUUAUUAUUAUUCUGCUUUUAGUCAUUUUACUUAUAUUGAAACAGAAGGAAUUCUUGUUAUUUUAGAUUUUUAAGGAUCUGAUAAUAUUUUCACUGAUGCUUCCAUUUAAACUUAAGACAAUUAAAUACCUAUUUUAGAAAAAGAUCAAAAAAAUAAUAAAUAAAUUGGAAUAACAACCUUCUUAUAAAAAUAACAUGAAAAAUGCAGUAUUUUAUGUUAAAAGCUUAAUUUAAAUAGGAUUAAUUUUUCAAUAGCAAAUCCUUAAAUUGAUUAUCAUGUAUGGAAUUUAUAAGAUCAUUAAAUGAUAUCAAUAACAUGUGAAACUUGUUCAUAAUUAAGAUUAUAUUCAUUAGAUUAAUAUUAACAAAUGAAAGAAAUUAAAUGUGAUAUUUGUAGAGAUUUAGAAAAAUAACCAAUUGAAGCAAUAUGUAGAUGCUGUUCAUAAAUGUAUCAUCAUGAUCCAAAUGAAGAUCUAUUAUCUUUAACUGUCUAUGGUUAUUGUAAAUUUUGUAAAUCAAAUUGUAUUCUCAAACAAAAACGAUGUUUAUACUGCUUGAAACAUUGUUAAUUAAAUUUAAAAUAAAUUGGAAAUCUCAAUUAAUAUAUCUGUAAAAAUGGGUAUUAAUACUUACAAGGUUUGCAAUGUUAACUUUGUAAAGCUUAAUAUAAUUUCAAUUAAAUUCUAUCAGAAAAAGAUUAUAAUGAUGGAAAUUAUAUUUGUUGUCAAAAUUUAUGA